UACAUGUGUUUCUGUUUUGUAUUGUAGCAUUUGGUUCUGGCGGCUCGUAUUUACAUUUUAAGUGGAGCUGGAAACACCACCAAAAAUAUUGCAAAGGCCCCGAGUUGGUGCUUUCUUUAUGCUGCGCCCCGCGCCCUAAAAUCAGCGCCAUGCCCCGCAGGAAAGCAGCGGGGCCGCCCUGGGAAGCGGGACCGGGGAACGGGGCGACGGCGACAACGACCACGGCCACGAUGACAGCGGCCACGGCGGGGCCGGGCAGGAGGCGUCGAGGCCCCGCGUCUGCAGCCGGGGGGAGGCGGCGGGGCCGGCCGGAGCGCAGCGGGGGGAGCAGCGGCGGCAGCAGCGAGGAGGAGCCCCGGGAGAGGAGGCGGCGGGACGGGGGGGGCGGCGGAGGGACGGCGGGGGGAGCGGCCCGGGGACACGGAGCCAUCAUCUGCGAGCCCGAGCACAGCAAGGAGCGCAUCAAGCUGGAGGGCUCCAAGAGCCGGGGCCAGCUCCUCAUCUUCGGGGCCACCAACUGGGACUUGAUCGGCCGCAAAGAAGUGCCUAAGCAGCAGGUUGCGUAUCGUAACCUGGGCCAGAACCUGUGGGGCCCUCACAGGUACGGGUGUCUCUCAGGGAUCCAGGUGAGGACCGUGGUGUCGGGACCCUGUGCUGCUCACAGCCUCCUCAUCACCACCGAGGGCAAACUCUGGAGCUGGGGUCGCAAUGAGAAGGGGCAGCUGGGCCAUGGGGACACCAAGAGGGUGGAAGCCCCGAAGCUGAUCGAGGUGCUGGGGGCUGAGGCUAUCGUGGCGGCUGCCUGUGGGAGGAACCACACACUGGCCCUGACAGAGAGCGGCUCCGUGUUCGCCUUCGGGGAGAACAAAAUGGGGCAGCUGGGGUUGGGCAACCAGACGGACGCCGUGCCCAGCCCCACACAGAUCAUGUACAACGGGCAGCCUAUCACCAAACUGGCCUGCGGGGCUGAAUUCAGCAUGAUCAUGGAUUGCAAAGGAAACCUCUACUCCUUUGGGUGCCCCGAGUAUGGGCAGCUGGGGCACAACUCUGACGGGAAGUUCAUUGCCCGGGCCCAGCGGAUCGAGUACGACUGUGAGCUGGUGCCGCGCCGCGUCGCCAUCUUCAUCGAGAAGACCAAAGAUGGACAAAUCCUGCCUGUCCCCAACGUGGUGGUGCGGGACGUGGCCUGCGGGGCCAACCACACGCUGGUCCUGGACUCCCAGAAACGUGUUUUCUCCUGGGGGUUUGGAGGCUAUGGGCGGCUGGGCCACGCUGAGCAGAAGGAUGAGAUGGUGCCUCGCUUGGUCAAGCUCUUCGACUUCCCGGGGCGCGGGGCGGUGCAGAUCUACGCCGGCUACACCUGCUCCUUCGCUGUCAGUGAGACAGGUGGCUUGUUUUUUUGGGGGGCCACUAACACCUCCCGGGAGUCCACCAUGUACCCCAAAGCUGUGCAGGAUCUCUGCGGCUGGAAGAUCCGCAGCCUGGCUUGUGGGAAGAGUAGCAUCAUCGUAGCAGCAGAUGAGAGCACCAUCAGCUGGGGACCCUCGCCCACCUUUGGAGAGCUGGGCUACGGGGACCACAAACCCAAAUCUUCAACGGCCGCCCAAGAGGUGAAGACCUUGGAUGGGAUCUACACGGAGCAGGUGGCCAUGGGCUAUGCCCACUCCUUGGUGAUCGCCCGCGAUGAGACCGACGCCGAGAAAGAGAAACUCUGCAAACUGCCCGAGUACAACCCCCGUACCCUCUGAGGGGACACCCCCACCUCCCACGACCCCCCUGGGACCUGGGACCCCCUCAACCCCCCCACUUCCAAGCCAGCCAUGGCUCUACCUACCUGGCCUCCUAUUUCCAAAGCCUUGGGGGGAUUUUUUUAUUCACUCCCCCCCCGGCUUUUUGAGUCCCCAUCUGUAGCAGGAUCAUUUUGGCACAUCCAGGCUUUCUUUUUGGUUUUGUUUUUUUUUUAGGGGGGGUGUGUGUUAUUUUUUAAUUAUUUUAAUUUUAUUUGCAUUGCUUUUUACUAUUUCCCCUUUCAGCCACAGUCCCCCCACCCCCUGGCUGCAGGACCUGAAGAGCAGCUACAAAACAUGUUAGGGUUUGGUUUUUUUUCCCCUCCCCCAAUAUUCAAAUUUUUUGGCAUUUUUUUCCCAAGCAAUCCCCUGC